CGUUUUGCGAGUUUGGACAGCACUCUGCAGAAGCUCGCAGAAAACGUAUCACAAGUGAAAGCUCAGAAUGUUACGCUGACUUCGGCUCUCACGAGCAUCAGCGAACGGCUAAGUUGGCUGGAGAGGGCUGACCAGGAUCGCCUCAGACGAUUGAGCGCAUCGAGCACUGUGAAAACUGUGCCGCAUAUGGGGAU